AUGAAAAUACAUGAGUGUCUUACUCUUUUAGUUAACACCGACGGCAGUUUGAGGGUAUCCACAAAACAAAGUUCCACAGCUAUAAAGUUGUUGUCACCAUUAUCAAGUACAAUUAUUCCUACUACAACUAAACCAAUCAGCAAUACUAUACCGUUCAGUAUAAAUAUACCUACCAGUACAACUAUACCUACUAUUAAAACUCCACCUUCCCGUACAACUACACAUAUAUUUACCACUACAUCUACCAAUACUACUUUACUAACCAGUACGACUAUACCUACCAGUACAGCUACACCAACCAGUACAGCUACACCAACCAGUACAACUACACCAACCAGUACAGCUACACCAACCAGUACAACUAUACCAACCAGUACAGCUACACCAACCAGUACAACUAUACCAACCAGCCCAACUAUAGCUACCAGUACUAAUACACCAACCAGUACAACUGUACCUACCAGUACUUCUACACUAAGCAGUACAACUGUACCUGUAAGUACAUUUACCCCUACAUCUACUAGUACACCUUUAUCUACCAGUACUGCUACAUCAAAGAUGACAACUAAUCCUACCAGUACAACUAUAGCUACCAGUACUACUAUACCUACCAGUACUUCUAUACCUACAAGUACAAAAACAGUAACCAGUACUACUACAUUAAGAAGUACAAAAGUGCCUAUCAGAAGAACUAUACCUACCAGCACAACAACAAUAACCAGUACAAUUGUACCAACCAUUAUUAUUAUACCUACUAGGACGACUACAAUUGUGCCUAGUAUUACUACUAUACCUAGCAGUACUACCUCACCUACCAGUACUCCUACACCUACAAGUACAACUACUCCUACUAGUAAAUGUAUACAUACCAGUACUACCACUACACCAACCAGUACAACUGUACCUCCUAGUACUACUGUACAUUCAAUAUACUCCAAUUCUUCAACAAUUACCAGUACAACUAUACCUACCAGUACAACUAUACCUACAAGUACAACUAUAGAGACCAGUACUAAUACACUAACCAGUACAAAUGUACCUACCAGUACAACUACACUAACCAUUACAACUGUACAUGCAAGUACACAAACUAGUAAAACUAUACCUUACAGUAGAAUUGUACCGACCAGUACAACUGUACCUACCAUUACGACUGUACCUACAAGUUUAACUAAACCUACAAGUACAAUUAUACCAACUAUUACAACUGUACCAUCCAGUACUACUAAAUUAACCAAUACAUAUGUACCUGUAAGUGCAAUUAUACCUACCAGUACAACUUCUCCCACAAGUACAACUACAACAACAAGUACAACUAUAGCUACCAGUACUACUACACCUAAUAGUACAACUUUACUUACGAGUAAAACUGUACCUCCUAGUACUACUACACCAACCAGUACAAUGGUACUUACAAGUACUACACUAUCUUUAAGUACUACUAUAUCUACCAGUACAACAGUGCAUACCAGUACAACUGUAUUUACCAGUACUACUGUACCAAUCAGUACAUCUGUACCUGUAAGUACCACUAUACCGUCCAGUAGAACUGUACUUAACAGUGCCAUUAUACCUACCAGUAUAAAUUCUCCCAAAAGUACAACUACACCAACAAGUACAAUUAUAGCCACCAGUAGUACUACUUCAUCUAGUGAUACAACUAUACUUACGAGACCACAUGUACAUUCUAGUACUACUACACCAACCAGUACAAUUGUACUUUCCAGUACUACAAUACCUACCAGUACUACUAUAUCUACCACUACAACUGUACCAACAAGUACAUCUAUACCAACCAGUAAAACUGUAUCUACCACUACAACUGUGCCUUCCAGUAGUUCUACACCUGCCACUACGACUGUACCUACCAGUGCAAUUAUACCUAGGAGUACAACUUCUCCCACCAGUCUUACUAUACCAACCAGCAAAACUGUAUUAGUUAGUACAACGACACCUAACAGUACAUCUGUACCUAUAAGUACCACUAUAACUUCCAGUAAAACUGUACCAACCAGUACAACUAUACCUACCAGUACAACUUUUCUCACCAGUACACCUACACCAACAAGUACAACUAUAGCUACCAGUACUACUACUUCACCUAGUGGUACAACUUUACUUACAAGUACAACUGUACCUCCUAGUACUACUACACCUACCAAUACAAUUGUACUUUCCAAUACUACAAUACCUACCAGUACUACUAUAUCUACCAAUACAACUUUGCCUUCCAGUAGAACUGUUUCUACCAGUAGUUCUACACCUGACACUACCAGUACAAUUAUACCUAGGAGUACAACUUCUCCCACCAGUACUACUAUACCAACCAGCACAACUGUAUUAGUUAGUACAACUACACCUAACAGUACAUCUGUACCUAUUAGUACCACUUUACCUUCCAGUAAAACUGUACCUACCAGUGCAAUUAUACCUACCAGUACAACUUCUCUCACCAGUACAGCUACACCAACAAGUGCAACUACAGCUACCAGUACUACUGAUUCACCUACUAGUACAACUAUACUCACAAGUACAACUGUACCUCCUAGUACUACUACACCAACCAGCACAAUUGUACUUACCGUUAAUACAAUACCUACAAUUACUUCUAUAUCUACCAGUACAAAUGUGCCUACUAGAACAAUUGUACCUACAAGUACUACUACACCUACUACUACAACUACAAAAACCAGUGCAAUUAUACCUACCAGUACAACUUCUCCCACCAGUACAACUACACCAACAAAUACAACUAUAGCCACCAGUAGUACUACUUUACCUAGUAGUAUAACUACACUUACGAGAACAAAAGUACCUCCUAGUACUACUAUACCAACCAGUACAAUCAUACUUACCGAUACUACAAUAACUUACAGUACUACUAUAUCUACCAGUACAACAGUGCCUACCAGUAAAACUGUACCUACAAGUAUUACUAUACCUACUAGUACAACUACACCAACCAGUGCAAUUAUACCUACCAGUACAACUUCUCCCACCAGUACAACUACACCAACAAGUACAACUAUAGCUACCAGUACUACUACUACAUCUAGUAUUACAACUAUACUUACGAGUACAACUGUACCUCCUAGUCCUUCCACACCAACCAGUACGAUUGUACUUACCAAUACUACAAUACCUUUCAGUACUUCUAUAUCUACCAGUACAGCAGUGCCUUUCAGUGCAACUGUACCUGACAGUACUACUAUACCAACCAGAACAACUGUAUUAUCCAGUACUACUACACUAACCAGUACAUCUGUACCUGUAAGUACCACUGUACCUUCCUGUAGAAUUGUACCUUCCAUUGCAAUUAUACCUACCAGUACAUCUUCUCUCACCAGUGCAACUACACUAACAAGUGCAACUAUAGCUAAUACUACUACUACUUCACCUACUAGUACAACUAUACUCAAGAGUACAACUGCACCGCCUAGUACUACUACACCAACCAGUACAAUUGUACUUACCGGUAAUACAAUACAAACCAGUAUUUAUAAAUCUAACAGUACAACUGUGCCUACCAGUACAACUAUACCUACCAGUACAACUGUACCUACAAGUUUUACUACACCUACAAGUACUACUACACCAACCAGUACUAUUAUACCAACUAGUAUAUCUGUAUCUGUAAGUACCACUACACCUUCCAGUAGAACUGUACCUACCAGUGCAAUUAUACCUACCAGAUCAACUUCUCCCACCAGUACAACUUCACCAACAAGUACAACUAUAGCUACCAGUACUACUACUUCACCUUCUAGAACAACUAUACUCAAGAAUACAACUGUACCUCCUAGUACUACUACUACAUCCAGUACAAUUGUACUUACCAAUACUACAAUACCUACCAGUACUACUAUAUCUAUCAGUACUACUACAUCUACCAGAACAACUGUAUUUUCAAGUACUGUACCUUUAACUACACCAACUAGAACAUAUGUUCAUCUCAGCACUACAACACCUACAAGUACAAAUAUACCUACCAGUACAACUGUACAAUCCAGUAUUACUACACCUUCAAGUACGACUACACCAACCAGUCCAAUUAAACCUACCAUAACAACUUCUCCAACCAGUACAACUACACCAACAAGUACAACUAUAGCUACCAGUACUACUACUACAUCUAGUAGUACAACUAUACUUACGAGUACAACUGUACCUCCUAGUACUUCCACACCAACCAGUACGAUUGUACUUACCAAUACUACAAUACCUUCCAGUACUACUAUUUCUACCAGUACAACAGUGCCUACCAGUGCACCUGUACCUACCAGUACUACUAUACCAUCCAGAACAACUGUAUUAUUCAGUACUACUACACUUACCAGUACAUCUGUACCUGUAAGUACCACUGUACCUUCCAGUAGAGUUGUACCUACCAGUGCAAUUAUACCUACUAGUACAACUUCCCUCACCAGUGGAACUACACCAACAAGUACAACUACAGCUACCAGUACUUCUACUUCACCUACUAGUACAACUAUACUCAAGAGUCCAACUGCACCGUCUAGUUCUACUACACCAACCAGUACAAUUGUACUUACCAGUGCUACACUACCUGCCAGUACUACUAUAUCUACCAGUACAACUGUGCCUACCAGUAGAACUGUGCCUACAAGUUUUACUACACCUACUAGUACUACUACACCAACCAGUACUAUUAAACCUAUCAACAAUACUAUACCAACCAGUACAUCUGUAUCUGUAAGUACCACUAUACCUUCCAGUAGAACUGUACCUUCCAGUGCAAUUAUACCUCCCAGUACAACUUCUCCCACCAGUACAACUGUUCCUCCUAGUACUACUAAACCAAUCAGUACAAUUAUACUUACCAGUACUACAAUUCCUACCAGUACUACUAUAUCUAUAAGUACUACUACAUCUACCAGAACAACUGUACCUUCAAGUACUGUACCUUUAACUACACCAACUAGUACAACUGUACAUUCCAGUACUACAACACCUACAAUUAUACCUACUAGUACAACUAUACCUUCCAGUACUAAUACACCUACCCGUACAACUGUACUUUCCAGUACAACUACACCAACUAGUACAACUGUACCUUCUAGUACAACUGUACCUACCAGUGCUACUAUACCUUCAAGUACAACUGUACCUACCAGGACAACUACACAAACCAGUACAACUGUACCUACUAGUACUACUAUACCUACAAGGACAACUACACCAAGCAGUACUACUACACUGACCAGUACAACUUUACAUGUUAGUACUACUAUACCUACUGGUACGACUCUACCUAAUACUAGUACAACACCUGUCAGUAAAACUACAUCAUCUAGUACAGCUGUAUAUCCCAGUACUACUACACCUAACAAUACAACUUCACCAACAAGUACAACUGCAUUUAUCAGUAAAACUGUACUUUCCAGUACAACUAUACGUACCAGUACUACUACUCCUAUAAGAACAACUACACCUACCAGCACUACUUCACCUACUAGUUCUUCUAUACCUACCAGUACAACUGUACCAUCGAGCACUACUACAUUAACCAGUACAACUGUACCUUUUAGUCCGACUAUACCUUCCAGUAGAAUUGCAACCACUAGUACAACUUUACCUGUACCUUCAAUUACAAAUGUAACUACCACUACAACUACACCAACCAGUACAACUGGUACUACUACACCUACUUGGACAACUAUACACACCAGUACUACUUUACCUACCAGUAGUAAUAUACCUACAAGGAAAACUGUACCUACCAUUACAACUGUUCAUACAAGUAGUACUAUACCUACUAGUACAACUACACCAACCAGUACUUCUAUAUCUACCAGUACUACUAUACCAACCAAUACAUCUGUACCUGUAAGUACCACUAUACCUUCCAGUAGAACUGUACCUACCAGUGCAAUUAUACCUACCAGAUCAACUUCUCCCACCAGUACAACGUCACCAAGUGCUACUAUAGAAACCAGUGCUACUACUUCACCUAUUGGUAAAACUACACUUACGAGUACAACUGUAAUUCCUAGUACGACUACAUCAACCAGUACAAUUGUACCUACCAGUACUACAAUACCUACAAGUACUACUUCACCUAUUGGUACAACUACACAAACCAGUACAACUGUACCUACUAGUACUACUAUACCUACUAUGACAACUACACCAAGCAGUACUACAAUACUUACAGGUACAACUGUACCAAAUAGUACUACUACACUGACCAGUACAACUUUACAUGUUAGUACUACUAUACCUACCGGUACGACUCUACCUAAUACUAGUACAACACCUGUCAGUAAAACUACAUCAUCUAGUACAGCUGUAUAUCCCAGUACUACUACACCUAACAAUACAACUUCACCAACAAGUACAACUGCAUUUAUCAGUAAAACUGUACUUUCCAGUACAACUAUACGUACCAGUACUACUACUCCUAUAAGAACAACUACACCUACCAGCACUGCUUCACCUACUAGUUCUUCUAUACCUACCAGUACAACUGUACCAUCGAGCACUACUACAUUAACCAGUACAACUGUACCUUUUAGUCCGACUAUACCUUCCAGUAGAAUUGCAACCACUAGUACAACUUUACCUGUACCUUCAAUUACAAAUGUAACUACCACUACAACUACACCAACCAGUACAACUGGUACUACUACACCUACUUGGACAACUAUACACACCAGUACUACUUUACCUACCAGUAGUAAUAUACCUACCAGGAAAACUGUACCUACCAUUACAACUGUUCAUACAAGUAGUACUAUACCUACUAGUACAACUACACCAACCAGUACUACAAGAACCUCCAGUACUACUAUACCAACCAAUACAUCUGUACCUGUAAGUACCACUAUACCUUCCAGUAGAACUGUACCUACCAGUGCAAUUAUACCUACCAGAUCAACUUCUCCCACCAGUACAACGUCACCAAGUGCAACUAUAGCUACCAGUGCUACUACUUCACCUAUUGGUAAAACUACACUUACGAGUACAACUGUAAUUCCUAGUACGACUACAUCAACCAGUACAAUUGUACCUACCAGUACUACAAUACCUACAAGUACUACUUCACCUAUUGGUUCAACUACACAAACCAGUACAACUGUACCUACUAGUACUACUAUACCUACUAUGACAACUACACCAAGCAGUACUACAAUACUUACAGGUACAACUGUACCAAAUAGUACUACUACACUGACCAGUACAACUUUACAUGUUAGUACUACUAUACCUACCAGUACAACUGUACCAUCGAGCACUACUACAUUAACCAGUACAACUGUACCUUUUAGUCCGACUAUACCUUCCAGUAGAAAUGCAACCACUAGUACAACUUUACCUGUACCUUCAAUUACAAAUGUAACUACCACUACAACUACACCAACCAGUACAACUGGUACUACUACACCUACUUGGACAACUAUACACACCAGUACUACUUUACCUACCAGUAGUAAUAUACCUACCAGGAAAACUGUACCUACCAUUACAACUGUUCAUACAAGUAGUACUAUACCUACUAGUACAACUACACCAACCAGUACUACAAGAACCUCCAGUACUACUAUACCAACCAAUACAUCUGUACCUAUAAGUACCACUAUACCUUCCAGUAGAACUGUACCUACCAGUGCAAUUAUACCUAUCAGAUCAACUUCUCCCACCAGUACAACGUCACCAAGUGCAACUAUAUCUACCAGUGCUACUACUUCACCUAUUGGUAAAACUACACUUACGAGUACAACUGUAAUUCCUAGUACGACUACACCAACCAGUACAAUUGUACUUACCAGUACUACAAUAACCUCCAGUACUACUAUACCAACCAGUACAUCUGUACCUAUAAGUACUACUACACCUUUCAGUACAAUUGUACUUACCAUUAAUACAAUACUUACCAGUUCUACUAUAUAUAUCAGUACAACUGUGCCUACCAGUACAACUCUACCUACAAGUACUACUGCACCUACUAGUACAACUACACCAACCAGUGCAGUUAUACCUACCAGUAAAAUUUCUCACACAAGUACAACUACACCAACAAGUACAACUAUAGCUACCAGUAGUACAACUACACCCAUUAGUACAACUACACUUACGAAUACAACUAUAAUUCCUAGGACGACUACACCAACUAGUACAAUUGUACUUACCAGUACUAUUAUACCUUCCAGUACUACUAUACCAACCAGUACAUCUGUACCUGUAAGUACUACUACACCUUUCAGUAGAACUGUACCUAGCAGUGCAAUUAUACCUUCCAGAUCAACUUCUCCCGCCAGUUCAACUUCUCCCACCAGUAAAACUACACCAACAAGUACAACUACACCAACAAGUACAACUAUAGCUAUCAGUACUACUACUUCAUCUAGUGGUACAACUACACUUACGAGUACAUCUGUAACUCCUAGUACUAAAACACCAACCAGUACAAAUAAACUUACCAGUACUACAAUUUUUACCAGUACUACUAUAUCUACAAGUACUACUACAUCUACCAGAACAACUGUACCUUCAAGUAAUGUACCUUUAACUAUACCAACUAGUACAACUGUACAUCCCAGCACUACAACACCUACAAUUACAACUAUACCUAACAGUACAACUAUUUAUUCCAGUACUACUACACCUACCAGUUCACCUAUACCUUUUAGUACAACUACACCAACAAGUAACACUAUAGCUACCAGGACUACUACUACUACACCUAGUAGUACAACUACACUUACGAGUACAACUGUAAUUCCUAGUACGACUACACCAACCAGUACAAUUGAACUUACCAGUACUACAAUACCUACAAGUACUACUUUAUCUUCCAGUACAACUGUGCCUACCAGUACAACUGUGCCUACCAGUACAACUAUACCUUUCAGUACUACUACCCCUUCCAGUACAACUAUAGCUACCAGCAUUACUACUACACAUAGUAGUACAAUUACACUUACGAGUGCAACUGUAAUUCCUAGUACGACUACACCAACUAGUACAACUGUACUUACCAGUACUACAAUACCUACCAAUACUACUAUACCAACCAAUACAUCUGUACCUUCCAGUAGAACUGUACCUACCAGUGCAAUUAUACCUACCAGAUCAACUUCUCCCACCAGUACAACUUCUACCACCAGUACAACUACACCAUCAAGUACAACUAUAGCUAACAGUACUACUUCUUCAUCUAGUGGUACAACUACACGUACGAGUACAACUGUCAUGCCUAGUACGACUACACCAACAAGUACAACUAUAGCUAUCAGUACUACUAAAUCAACCAGUUCAACUAUACCAACGAUUACAACUGUGCCUACCAGUACAAUUACAUCUACCAGUACAACUACACCAACCAGUACAACUGUACCUACCAGUACUACUACACCAACCAGUACAACUGUACCUUUGAGUACAACUACACCAACUAGUACAACUACCACCAGUACAACUACACCAACAAGUACAACUAUAGCUAACAGUACUACAUCUUCAUCUAGUGGUACAACUACACUUACGGGUACAACUGUAAUGCCUAGUACGACUACACCAACAAUUACAACUAUAGCUAUCAGUACUACUAAAUCAACCAGUUCAACUAUACCAACGAUUACAACUGUGCCUACCAGUACUACUACACCAACCAGUACAACUGUACCUACCAGUACUACUACACCAACCAGUACAACUGUACCUACCAGUACUACUACACCAACCAGUACGACUAUACCUACCAGUACAAUUACACCAACUAGUACAACUACACCUACCAGUACUACUAUACCUACCAGUACAACUACACCAACCAAUACAACUGUACCUACCAGUACUACUACACCAACCAAUACAACUAUACCUACCAGUACUACUACACCAACCAAUACAACUGUACCUACCAGUACUACUACACCAACCAAUACAACUGUACCUACCAGUACAACUAUACCUACCAGUACUACUACACCAACCAAUACAACUAUACCUACCAGUACUACUACACCAACCAAUACAACUAUACCUACCAGUACUACUACACCAACCAAUACAACUGUACCUACCAGUACAACUACACCAACCAAUACAACUAUACCUACCAGUACUACUACACCAACCAAUACAACUAUACCUACCAGUACUACUACACCAACCAAUACAACUGUACCUACCAGUACAACUAUACCUACCAGUACAACUAUACCUACCAGUACUACUAUACCUACCAGUACAACUACACCUACCAGUACUACUAUACCUACCAGUACAACUACACCAACCAAUACAACUGUACCUACCAGUACAACUACACCAGCAAGUACUACUAUACCUACCAGUACAACUACACCAACCAGUGCAAUUAUACCUACCAGAUCAACUUCUCCCACCAGUACAACUACACCACCUAGUACAACUAUACCUACCAGUACUACUACCUCAUCUAGUGGUACAACUACACUUACGAGUACAACUGUAAUUCCUAGUAUGACUACACCAACAGGUACAAUUGUACUUACCAGUACUACAAUACCUACCAUUACUACUUUAUCUUCCAGUACAUCUAUGCCUACCAGUACAACUGUACCUACAAGUACUUCUACACCUAUUAGUACAACAACACCAACAAGUACAACUAUAGCUAUCAGUACUACUACUACAUCUAGUGGUACAACUACACUUACGAGCACAACUGUAAUGCCUAGUACGACUUCACCAACAAGUACAACUAUAGCUAUCAGUACUACUAAAUCAACCAGUUUAACUAUACCAACGAUUACAACUGUGCCUACCAGUACUACUACACCAACCAGUACAACUGUACCUACCAGUACUACUACACCAACCAGUACGACUAUUCCUACCAGUACACUUACACCAACUAGUACAACUACACCUACCAGUACUACUAUACCUACCAGUUCAACUACACCAACAAAUACAACUGUACCUACCAGUACAACUACACCAAACAAUACAACUAUACCUACCAGUACAACCACACCAACCAGUGCAAUUAUACCUACCAGAUCAACUUCUCCCAUCAGUACAACUACACCAACUGGUACAACUAUACCUACCAGUACUACUACCUCAUCUAGUGGUACAACUACACUGAUGAGUACAUCUGUAAUUCCUAGUACGACUACACCAACCAGUACAAUUGUACCUACCAGUACUUCAAUACCUACCAUUACUACUUUAUCUUCCAGUACAACUGUGCCUACCAGUACAACUGUGCCUACCAGUACAACUGUACCUACAAGUACUACUACACAUACUAGUACAACAACACCAACAAGUACAACUACACCUACAAGUACAACUAUAGCUAUCAGUACUACUACUACACCUAGUAGUACAACUACAUUUACGAGAACAUCUGUAACUCCUAGUACUAAAACACCAGCCAGCACAAAUGAACUUACCAGUUCUAAAAUUUCUUCCAGUACUACUAUAUCUACAAGUACUACUACAUUUAUCAGAACAACUGUACCUUCAAGUACUGUACCUUUAACUACACCAACUAGUACAACUGUACAUCCCAGCACUACAAAACCUACAAUUACAACUAUACCUAACAGUACAACUAUUUAUUCCAAUACUACUACCCCUACCAGUACAACUGUACAUUUCAGUACAGCUACACCGAUAAGUACAACUACAGAUACCAGUACUACUAAUACACCUAGUAGUACAACUACACUUACGAGUACAACUGUAAUUCCUAGUACGACUACACCAACCAGUACAAUUUUACUUGCCAGUACUACAAUACCUACAAGUACUACUACAUUUAUCAGAACAACUGUACCUUCAAGUACUGUACCUUUAACUACACCAACUAGUACAACUGUACAUCCCAGCACAACAAAACCUACAAUUACAACUAUACCUAACAGUACAACUAUUUAUUCCAAUACUACUACCCCUACCAGUACAACUGUACAUUUCAGUACAGCUACACCGAUAAGUACAACUACAGCUACCAGUACUACUAAUACACCUAGUAGUACAAAUACACGUACAAGUACAACUGUAGUUCCUAGUACGACUACACCAACAAGUACAAUUGUACUUACCAGUACUGCAAUACCUACCAGUACUACUAUACCAACCAGUACAUCAGAACCUGUAAGUACCACUACACCUUUCAGUAGAACUGUACCUAGCAGUGCAAUUAUACCUUCCAGAUCAACUUCUCCCACCAGUACAACUACACCAACAAGUAAAACUGUACAUACCAGUACAACUACACCAACAAGUACAACUAUAGCUACCAGUACUACUUCAACAACAAGUACAACUGUACAUACCAGUACAACUACACCAACAGGUACAACAAAAGCUACCAGUACUACUACGUCAUCUAGUAGUUCAACUACACUUAGGAGUACAACUGUAAUUCUUAGUACCACUACACCAACAAGUACAAUUGUACUUACCAGUACUACAAUACCUACCAUUAUAACUUUAUCUUCCAGUACAACUGUGCCUACCAGUACAACUGUACCUACAAGUACUACUACACCUAGUAGUACAACAACACCAAACAGUGCAAUUAUACCUACCAGUACAACUUCUCCCACCAGUACUACUACACCUAGUAGUACAACUACAUUUACGAGUACAUCUUUAACUCCUAGUACUAAAACACCAACCAGUACAAAUGAACUUACCAGUACUACAAUUACUUUAUGUACAAGUACUACUACAUCUACCAGAACAACUGUACCUUCAAGUACUGUACCUUUAACUACACCAACUAGUACAACUGUACAUCUCGGCACUACAACACCUAUAAGUACAACUAUACAUGUACCUACCAGUUCAACUAUUUAUUCCAGUACUACUACACCUACCAAUACAACUGUACCUUUCAGUACAACUACACCAAUAAGUAACACUAUAGCUACCAGUACUACUACUUCACUUAGUAGUAGAACUACACUUACGAGUACAACUGUAAUUCCUAGUACUACUACACCAACAAGUACAAUUGAACUUACCAGUACAACAAUACCUACAAGUACUACUUUAUCUUCCAGUACAACUGUGCCUACCAGUACAACUAUUUAUUCCAGUACUUCUACACCUACCAGUACACCUAUACCUUUCAGUACUACUACCCCUACCAGUACAACUAUACAUUUGAGUACAACUACACCAAUUAAUACAACUAUAGCUACCAGUACUACUACUACACCUAGUAGUACAAAUACACUUACGAGUACAACUGUAAUUCCUAGUACGACUUCACCAACCAGUACAAUUGUUCUUACCAGUACUACUAUACCUACCAGAACUACUAUACCAACCAGUACAUCUGUACCUGUAAGUACCAUUAUACCUUCCAGUACAACUACACCAACCAGUGCAAUUAUACCUACCAGAUCAACUUCUCCCACUAGUACAACUACACCAACAAGUACAACUAUAUCUACCAGUACUACUACUUCAUCUAGCUGUACAAAUACACUUACGAGUACAACUGUAAUUCCUAGCACGACUACACCAACUAGUACAAUUGUACCUACCAGUACUACAAUACCUACCAUUAUAACUUUAUCUUCCAGUACAACUGUUCCUACCAGUACAACUGUACCUACAAGUGCUACUACACCUAGUAGUACAACAACAUCAACCAGUGCAAUUAUACCUACCAGUACAACUUCUCCCACUAGUACAACUACACCUACAAGUACAACUAUAGCUAUUAGUACUACUACUACACCUAGUAGUACAACUACAUUUACGAGUAAAUCUGUAACUCCUAGUACUAAAACACCAACCAGUACAAAUAAACUUACCAGAACUACAAUUUCUACCAGUACUACUAUAUCUAUAAGUACUACUACAUCUACCAGAACAACUGUACAUUCAAGUACUGUACCUUUAACUACACCAACCAGUUCAACUGUACAUCCCAGCACUACAACACCUACAAGUAAAACUAAACCUACCAGUACAACUAUUUAUUCCAGUACUACUACACCUACCAGUACAACUAUACUUUCCAGUACUACUACCAAUACCAGUACAACUAUACCAUUUAGUACAACUACACCAACUAGUACAACUAUAGCUACCAGUACUACUACUACACCUAGUAGUACAACUACACUUACGAGUACAACUGUAAUUCCUAGUACGACUUCACCAACCAGUAGAAUUGUACUUACCAGUACUACACUACCCUCCAGUACUACUAUACCAACCAAUACAUCUGUACCUGUAAGUACCACUAUACCUUCCAGUAGAAAUGUACCUACCAGUGCAAUUAUACCUACCAGAUCAACUUCUCCCACCAGUACAACUACACCAACAAGUACAACUUUAGCUAUCAGUACUAAUACUACACCUAUUGGUAAAACUACAUUUACGAGUACAUCUGUAACUCCUAGUACUAAAACACCAACCAGUACAAAUGAGCUUACCAGUACUACUAUAUCUACAAGUACUACUACAUCUACCAGAACAACUGUACCUUCAAGUACUGUACAUUUAACUACAUCAACUAGUACAACUAUACAUCUCGGCACUACAACACCUAUGAGUACAACUAUACCUACCAGUACAACUAUUUAUUCCAGUACUACUACACCUACCAGUACAACUGUACAUAUCAGUACAGCUACACCAAUAAGUACAACUAUAGCUACCAGUACUACUACUACACCUAGUAGUACAACUACACUUAAGAGUACAACUGUAAUUCCUAGUACGACUACACCAACCAGUACAAUUGAACUUACCAGUACUACAAUACCUACCAUUAUAACUUUAUCUUCCAGUACAACUGUGCCUACCAGUUCAACUGUACCUACAAGUACUACUACACCUAGUAGUACAACAACACCAACCAGUGCAAUUAUACCUACCAGUACAACUUCUCCCACCAGUACAACUACACCUACAAGUAUAACUAUAGCUAUCAGUACUACUACUACACCUAGUAGAGCAACUACAUUUACGAGUACAUCUUUAACUCCUAGUACUAAAACACCAAUUAGUACAAAUGAACUUACCAGUACUACAAUUCCUAACAGUACUACUUUAUCUACAAGUACUACUACAUCUACCAGAACAACUGUACCUUCAAGUACUGUACCUUUAACUACACCAACUAGUACAACUGUACAUCUCGGCACUACAACACCUAUGAGUACAACUAUACCUACCAGUACAACUAUUUAUUCCAGUAUUACUACAACUACCAAUACAACUGUACUUUUCAGUACAACUACACCAAUAAGUACAACUAUAGCUACCACUAAAACUACACUUACGAGUACAACUGUAAUUCCUAGUACUACUACACCAACCAGUACAAUUGAACUUACCAGUACAACAAUACCUACACGUACUACUUUAUCUACCAGUACAACUGUGCCUACCAGUACAACUGUACCUGUAAGUACCACUUUACCUUCCAGUAGAACUGUACCUACCAGUGCAAUUAUACCUACCAGAUCAACUUCUCCCACCAGUACAACUACACCAACAAGUACAACUAUAGCAAACAGUACUACUACUUCAACUAGUGGUACAACUACACUAACGAAUACAACUGUAAUUCCUAGUACGACUACACCAACCAGUACUACUAUACAAACCAGUACAACUAUACCUACCAGUACAACUAUACCUACCAGUACAACUACACCAACCAAUACAACUAUUUUGUCCAGUACAAAUGUACCUACCAGUACAACUAUACCUACCAGUACAAAUAAACCAACCAGUACAACUAUACCAACGAGUACAAAGACACCAACCAUUACAACUCUACCUGUCAGUACUACUACACCUACUAUUACAACUGUAAAAUCAACUGUCCAAGGGGUGACGGCAAAAAAAGGAGUAAAUGCAUAUGUACAGUUAGUUUUCUUCUUGAGUGAAGGUCAUUUUAAAAAAAAAGCAGAGAACAGCAGCUCUGAAGAAUUUCGAAUUUUGAGCAACACGAUACUUCCAUAUCUUCAAGAAGCGUAUAAAAGUGUUACUGGAUUUGUCACAAUACGGAUCAUUCAGUUCAAAGUUAGAAUUCCUACUGGUAAUCAAAGAAGACGACGACAGAUUGCCAACAGGAAUACCGAACUAGACUGUGUUUCACAGUUAGUUUUUAAACCAUACAAUAGUAGUACCAAUAGAAAUGUUACCGAUAUUGCAAACGAGAUUUAUGAAAAAACAAACCUUCUUUUAACAAACGGAUCAGGGAAAAUAGGAAGUUACAAGUUUAAUAAGACUGCCCAGUCGUUACAAAUGGCGAAAGAUUCAGUAACGUCAGCGUUAAAACAAGUUGGAGAUAAUCUGUGUCGCAUUGGAGAGACAAUAGAAUGUGACUGGUUUGCACCUUGUAAAAGCAAUCCUUGUCAAAACAAUGGGACGUGUGUAAUAGAUGACACACAAAAGGCGACAUGCAAGUGUUCUGAUGACGAAGUAUACACAUAUUCUGGGGCACAAUGCGAACAGAAAGCUAAAAGAAUUAUUUCUGAAAUCAAUUAUACAAUUGCUAUAGUAAUUGGUGGAUUGUCCGCCGUAUUGUUUAUUACCGUCGUCAUAUGCUGUGUGUGUAUAUCAAAGAGGCGGGAUAACAAGACCCGAUAUGAUAAUGAAAACAUACAUGAACAUGGUACGUUGAGUUAUAACCAUCCAAUGGGACUUUUGGGCCGUCAGAGAGUACCAUCUAACUUAUAUUUAACACAUACUAGUAGAGAUGAUGACAAUUUUUUCAUUGAUUAUAGAAGUAGACAUACCUACACGGAAGGCAAUAUGAAUAGCAAUAAUGUAAGUAUUUAA